AUGUCGUCGAGCUCGACAGCAACCACCCUCGAGACCGACUGCGCUCCCGCCGUCGACGUCGAUAGUGGCUCCUCUCGGGGGUCAACCGCCGCCCCGUCGGGGUCAAAUGCGCCUCCGCCUUCAAGGUCGAGCGGCUCGACCCUCAGAAUCCUGUGGGAGGGGUGGAAGAAAGAGUUGGGGAGGGGUGAGGUAGAGAGAGAGGACCACGAGAGUGUGGAGGGCGCGCGUGAGAGGCGAGGAGGAAGGCGCUAUGAGGGUGAGAGAGUAUUUUCCAUACGAGAAUUCUUGCGAGAGCCUGGCUAUCCCAUUCAAACGUCCCGUGUCGUGGAGGUCGGAAUCAAAACACUGACGGCAAAUGCCGAGCAUCUGGUCGUCCGCGCCUGCGAAUUGCAGCAAUACAGCCUCGAGCGCGCCAUCCGGUCUGCCCGGCCCCCCCAGCUGCCCAGUCAAAUCAUGUACUACUCCAGCGACCCGACCAGCACCGCGCCCAUCCGCCCAGACGCGCCGCACCAAUCGUCUCUGUUCCUUCUCAUGCGCUUCUGGAUGCCCUUUUGGCUUGAGCGCGAGGCGGUGGCGGAGGACGUGAAUAUGCCGUUCUCGGAAUUGUUCUACCACCGCAAGUUCGCUCACCCGGACUACCUUGCGCGCCUGGCGCCGUGGCUCAUCGACAUGGGCCAGUCCAUGGACGCUGUGCAGCACGCCCUCGCGCUGGGGACGUUCCCGGGCGCGGACACGCAGUACUUCUGGGAGAUCCUCCUCCGGCAUCACGCGCGCGUUCGUGAGGAGGAACGAGCGCGGCGAUUCGAGCUCUUCAACGAGUCGCUGCACGACCUCAAGGACGCGCAGAUGCAGGGCAACGCCCGGCAGAACAUCAGCGAUCCCGUCACCCUGGGUGACGCCUUCGGGGUACAUGUGGUCAGAUCUACAAGCAACUCAACCACGCGACGGAGACUCGAACAGGCCUUCACAUCAAACCCCAUGCGCAUCAUCAGCCUCGCCCUCCAUGACUUGUAUACCCGUCGGAGCGCACGGGGGAGCAGGCAAUUGCUGCAUUCCUUACUGUGUCCGAGCAGCUAUAAGACCCAAUGGAAAAUCGUCUUGCAACUGCCACCGAGCGGCCAUUUCGAGGCCACACGUACGCUUCCGGGGUCGUGA